AUGGAGCAGCUGAGCGAUUAGCACUGAGUAGGGAACCUGCGACCGGACCGCGGGGCAUGGAGCUGGACCGGAGCGGAGCUGGGCAGGGGCCAGGUCUCUAUAAAGACUCGUUUGGAGAAAAUGGGCAAGCUGGAAACGUGUCGGAUGUUCCCACGGACGGGUAUAAGAUGAAUCCCCUGCUUGAUGACCGUGUUGACCAGCGAGCGUGCCUUAUAUGUGGGGACCGAGCCACCGGACUGCAUUAUGGGAUCAUUUCAUGUGAAGGAUGCAAGGGAUUUUUCAAGCGGAGCAUCUGCAAUAAGCGCGUUUACAGAUGCAGCCGUGACAAGAACUGCGUCAUGUCGCGCAAGCAGAGGAACCGCUGCCAAUACUGCCGGCUCCUCAAGUGCCUUCAGAUGGGAAUGAACAGGAAAGCAAUAAGAGAGGAUGGGAUGCCAGGAGGAAGGAACAAGAGCAUCGGACCUGUACAGAUCUCAGAUGAGGAAAUUGAAAGGAUAAUGUCUGGUCAGGAGUUUGAGGAAGAAGCCAACACAUCCUGGAGUAAUAACGGGGACAGUGACCACAGCUCACCUGGGAAUGGUGUAUCUGAAAGCAACCAGCCUUCCCCUGUGUCUACUCCAUCCUCCAGUCGGUCAGUAGAACUGAAUGGAUUCAGCUCACUGCGGGAACAGUUUUUGGGAGCACAAGGGGCCACACACUACCAAUACCUACCUCACCUGUUCAGCUACUCAGCCCACUCUGCACUGAUCCCAUCCCAGACCCGAAGCCUGGACCCUCAAUCCCACACCCUCAUCAACCAGCUGUUGAAUGCAGAAGACAUGGAUCCCCUAAGCACUCCUAUGCUUAUUGAAGAUGGGUAUAAGGUGACACAGUCAGAGCUGUUUGCGCUGUUGUGCCGGUUAGCAGAUGAACUGCUGUUCCGACAGAUCACUUGGGUGAAAAAGCUGCCUUUCUUCUGCGAACUGUCUAUCAAAGACUAUACGUGCCUUCUCAGCACUACCUGGCAAGAACUGAUCUUGCUGUCCUCGCUAACCACGUACAGUAAGCAGAUCUUUGGGGACCUGGCUGAUGUCACUUCGAAAUACUCUCCAUCUGAGGAUGAGCUUCACAGGUUCAGCGAGGAUGGGAUGGAAGUCAUGGAGCGUCUUAUAUAUCUUUACCGCAAGUUUUACCAACUCAAAGUCAGCCAUGAAGAGUAUGUGUGCAUGAAGGCAAUCAACUUCCUGAAUCAAGAUAUCCAGGGCCUGAGCAGUGUCUCCCAGAUGGAGCAGCUGAACAAGAGGUACUGGUACGUGUGCCAGGAUUUCACAGAAUACAGAUACCCACACCAGCCCAACCGCUUCCCCGACCUCAUGAUGUGUCUACCAGAGAUUCGCUAUAUCGCUGGGAAACUGGUGAAUGUCCCCCUGGAGCAGUUGCCGCUACUUUUUAAAGCUUUUCUGCAUUCGUGCAAAGCAAGCACAAACAAGGAGUGAGCGCUAUAGCGUGUGCUGCUGAUCCAGUAAGCACGGCAGAAUAGAGAGACCUGUCAUACUGUGCUGGGAGCAGAAAAAGAUUGUUUUUAUUUGUUUAAUGCUUUUUUUAAUCUAUUUAUUUCCUGACAGAGUUGAAUGUAAUGCAGUUUUUGCAUUUCGUUGCUGUUUACAGACUGUAUUUUUAAACCUUUUCUUACCUGGGAGGACUGUUCUCUCAGUACUGGAAGGUGUUAACUUUUAGUGAUGCCAUUAUUUACUUUUGGGAGAAAAGAAAUGUAGAUUUAGAAUGUUUUCCUCUGGUCGGGUGGUAAAGAGAGUGUUGUUAUUUCUAUAGUGUUGAAAAAAACUACCUCAAUUUUAUGUUUUUGUUAGGCAUUUUGUUUUUGACUGUAGAUCAGAAUACCUUUUUUUGUUUAAGUGUUGAGGUUAAUACCUAUGUAUUCGCCAUAUGAACUUGUCUUUUUACUGAAAGAGCAGUGUCUGGCUUUGAGAGUGUUAAAUAUAAAGCAGGCAGUUUAUGCGUCUGGUUUGGAACAUUUUAUAAAUCUAGUAAUUUAUAUACCACACACACACACAUACUUAUAAUCAUGAAAUUAAAAAAAUAUUUUAUUAAAACAGCUUUUGUGAUGAUUUGGAAAACUUAAUACAAAAUAUAAUAUAUUAAAUACGUGAAAUUAAAUAAAUGAGAAAACUCCCAAUCCUAAUUACUGGUUGCGUUUAGUUAAAAACACAGCGGUAAAAAUGGAUACAAACUUAUUUUUUGGUUCAAUCUUUCUAAAGCACAUGAACUUCUCAAAGCCAGAUGCUGGGUGCCCUGCUAAAUCCUUUAUAGUGGCAUACGUAGUAAUGGUAGUGAAAGAGAUGCCAUUUUCCUCAACAUUUUGUAUUCUCCGUCUGAAGUUUCAGCCCACAGGCUUGUGCUAGGCCUGAGUGUCCGUGUGAGUCAGGCGUCUGCUGCUAACUGGGCUCUCAUCAACACACCAUGUACAUACUGGCUUAUUGCAGCGCAGGGUAAACAUCAAGCGGCACAAUGAUACCAUUUAUAAUUGUUUGCCAAAUGCUUCAGGAGCGAUUUAAAUGUAAUAAGAACCAUUUACAUACCCAGAUGCCAGUGGGAAUGUUGGAGGAAUUUGUAUUGUGAGAUGAAGAGGAUAUAAAGGG